UGCGCGCAGCCGGGGUGAAGGGGGCCGGCUCUGCGUGGAUCAACAGUUCCGGGCCCGCCGCCCCGCUCGGGCAAUCCGCUCGGCAGCGAGGCAUCGUUCGCUCAGCAAGGUCCCAGGGUCCGAAACGCAAGAGGACCAGGCUUAACUCCUGUCCACAGCCCAGGGGACCCGGUUACCGCCGCCCGACAGAGCGGAGGCCAAGCUCUCCUGCGGUUUGACAGCCCGGGCCUGCCCAGGACAGCACCGAAAUCUCCCGGGGCUGGUCUGAGAGACCAACGAACAAGAAGAGGUCGCCUAACCUGCUGCAGCCCCCUUCCCUCUCAAACUGCUGUUACGUCUGAGGUGAAUCAAACGUUCCAGCCUGAUCUGCCGCUUUCAUUAGAACCGUGACAACGAGAUGGCAGCCACAGAAUUUAGCUCGGGUCUUGUAAGCUGGGGACGAACCAUGUGAAGUAUGCGAUCAAAUCAUGUCCCUCUGUUUGAUAAAGUCUCCAAGUCUGGCAGAUCUUUUGUCAUAAGGUUCCAAAUGAUGCAUCUUAAACUGUGAUUCAGACUGUUAAUCGGUUUGCGGCCUUGUUAUCCUGAAGGUAGUUAGUGUAGACUACCGUACCUGAAAGCAAGAAAUUUUUUUGCAACUAUUUGACCUAAGAAGGAUUUGCCAGCCUGUUUUUAUUACAUCAGUGAAGCACAAAGAAGGAUUGAAAGUGAAAAGAAUCCUGCCUGUCAGAUUUGCCUGCAGUUUAACAGUUACCUACUGUUCGAUAUAUCCAUCGGAGUUGGCAUUGGGAACAAGAACCUAAAACUAAAAAGGACUUCUUCAGAAACGUUUUCUCAACAAUCCAGCUGCACUUUACUAUGUGUUGAAAACACUGUUUAAUUUCUGUAGAAAUAGGUGCUAUCCACACUGUGAAUUCCAAGAGCAAUGGGGAAGCUUGAAGGGGGCAAAUGUUGGCUUCUCUGUGAUAUCAAAAUAUGUAGAGAACAAAACAGAUAGGGGAAAGUGAGAACAAAAUGACAGGUGUAGAAUUUUAACUGGGUGCAGAAUCAUGUUGUUUUUGUUCUGCUGAAUCUUAUCUUUUGUAGUUAUCAGUAUUCAAUGUUUAGAUGGAAUUUCCAAGGCUUCCCUUUAGCUGCCAGUAAAUUACAAAGUUAUUUAUUUGAUAUGCCAGUGGUGUUGGGAUCAGUAUUAGUAAAUAUAUUGAUCUAUAUCAGAUCAUGUUUUAAAUUUUGACCUGCUAUUAAUUGUGUUUUCCUUUUGAAUUUGAAUUUCCUUUUGAACCUGACUUUUCAUGUCUGUUUGUUGUUAUUUGUGAAGUUAGCUUUGAGCAGAAAUUUAAAAUUAAUAUUUAGUUUCUGUUUCUAGUGGGAUGGAAAUUGUUGAAAGUCAGACCCAGAGUGUUGUAAUAGUAGUUUAGGCAAGUCACUGUAUGCCAGUUGGUGCUUGUGUCGGUUUUAUAUGUCUUAGGUAAAACAAAUAGAUGUUUAAUAUAUAAAUAGUAAGGCUGUUGAUAUCAGAUCCUUUCUUCCUGUGCUUCUCUCUCAGUCUGCUUCUGACAUAUUUCUUGCAUUCUCUGUACAAUGCGUUUGACAUCACUGCUACCCCUCUUCCGGCCUGCUCUUCCACUGAUCCUGGGGCUCUCCUUGGGCUGCAGCCUGAGUUUGCUGCGAGUCUCCUGGACGCAGGGAAAUGGGGACGAAUCAUGCAUGGAUACAGGAGACAGUAGAGGGCUACCCCAUAACAAUGGACAUCCAGGAGCCGGAGCUGAGACAGGGGAGUUUGGUGACAACAAGGAGUAUGAGCCAAGGAUUGUCCCUUAUUACAAGGAUCCCAACAAACCGCACAAGAAAGUCCUGAGAACACGUUACAUCCAUACAGAGUUGGGAAUCCGUGAUCGACUGUUUGUUGGUGUACUGACAUCCAAAGGUACUCUGAACACAUUGGCUGUGUCUGUUAAUCGGACGGUAGCCCACCACUUCAACAGGCUGGUUUACUUCACUGGGUUUCGCAAUACCAAGGUUCCACACGGAAUGCAGAUAGUGUCCCACGGAGAUGACCGACCUGUAUGGCUGAUGUACCGGACCAUCCAGUACAUCUACGAACAUUAUGGCAACGAGUAUGACUGGUUCUACUUGACUCAGGAUAACACAUACACUGAGGCGGAACGCAUCAAGUCUCUCGUUUCUCACCUGAGCAUCAACAAUGACCUGUAUUUGGGACGGACAGAAGAGUUCAUUGGUGGCGACCCUGACUCCCGCUACUGCCAUGGUGGCUAUGGUUACGUGUUGUCACGGAGCGUCCUCAUCAAGCUUCAGCAGUACCUGGACAGCUGUCGCAAUGAUAUCCUGAGUGCUCGACCAGAUGAGUGGCUUGGUCGCUGCAUCAUAGACUUCAUUGGUAUCAGCUGCAUUGAUAAACAUAAGGAUGUGCGUUACCGCUCCUUCCAACUGGGCAAGAAUACAGACCCUGAUAAAGAGGACAGUGCAGAAUUCACAAAGGCCUACACUGUUCACCUGGUGCCAGAUCCUACGCUGAUGUAUCGCCUUCAUCGCCGAUUCAGUGAAAUUGAACUGGAAAAAACAUACCAGGAAAUCGGAGAGCUACAGAUGGAAAUAAAGAACCUGAGUAAGCUGACACCGGAGGGGGAGAUGGGAGCGUCCUGGCCGAUUGGCAUCAAUCCGCCAUUCAAACCCAAAACCCGCUUCGAGGUGAUAAGCUGGGACUAUUUCACAGAAGAGCAGAUUUACUCGUGUGUCGAGGGGGCUCCAAAGUGUGAACUCCGCGGCAUCAACAAGGCGGACAUCAGUGACAUCAUCGAGACGGCUGUGCAGCAGCUGAACAAGAAGUACCAACCCCUGCUGCACUUCCGCAAGCAGCAGCUGCUCAACGGCUAUCGGCGCUUUGACCCGACGCGUGGCAUGGAGUACACGCUGGAUCUGGUGCUUGAAGCACACACCCAGAAGGGCUACAGCCGGGCCAUUGCAAAGCGGGUCAGCCUACUGCGGCCACUCAGCAACGUGGAGAUCAUCCCCAUGCCAUAUGUGACCGAGGCCACCCGAGUUCAGGUGAUCUUGCCCCUGACGGUGCACGAGCAGGACUACGUGGGGAACUUCCUGGAAGCCUACUCCAUGAAUGCCCUGGAUCUGCACGAUAACAUGCUGCUGACGUUCCUCUUCAUCUACGACCCCUUUGACGCGCAGCGUGUGAGCCAGAACGAUGUGUUCGCGGGGGUCAAGUCCUCCAUAGCCGAGAUUGAGAAACGGUACACUGACGUGAAGAUCCCAUGGAUAAGCGUCAAAACAGAUGUUCCUUCCCAGGUUAAGAUCAUGGAUAUCAUCUCCAAAAAGCAUCCGGUAGACACCUUGUUCUUUAUUGCCAGCGUCUGGACUGAGAUCAAUGGUGAGUUUCUCAACCGUUGCCGGAUGAAUACCAUAAACAAUUGGCAGGUCUUCUUCCCCAUCCACUUUCAGGAGUACAACCCUGCCAUCAUCUACCGGGAGCAGCAGACCCCCUCUUCCGCCGAGUUUGUGAAGGACGGCCACUUUGACCGGCGCGUAUUCAGUGAGGCCUGCUUCUUCAACUCUGAUUACAUGGCGGCCCGCACCAAGAUGGCUGCUGACAUCCUGGACAACGACGAGAUGCUGGAGAGCAUGGAGGUGUAUGACGUCUUCAUCAAGUACUCCAGCCUGCACGUGUUCCGGCCGGUGGAGCCCGCCUUGGUGCAGAAGUACAGCUACCGAACGUGCAACCCGAGGCUCAGUGAAGAGCUCUAUCACCGCUGCAUGCUUAGCAAUCUGGAAGGGCUGGCAUCGCGCUCCCAGCUGGCCUUGGCUAUGUUCGAACAAGAGCAGGCCAAUAGCACUUAGAUCUGGCUCUGUGAUAAGGACUAACAUAAGGCUUAACUGUGCAGUAUUUUGUUAGAAAAACCUGUUACACUGGGGACUGUAGUUUGGCUUUUAGCCACUGGGAUCUUGGUUCAAAUCCUACCUGUUUAGACAAAGGCAGUGUAGGUUUGGAAGCCUGUCCUUCAAAAAGAAGCUGUGGAGACUGGGGUUAUUGUAAAUCUAAUCUAAUCCCAGAUUGAGAAAUUUGAAACAGGCACAAUCCAUCAUGGAUCCCUAGUUUCUCAGUUUCCUUUCCCAGUCUAUUGAUUUGGAAAACACAAACUUAGCAUCACCCAGUCAUUGAUGAAUGGAUUUCCUCUACUUGUGUCUUUAGCUGGUGACAGGGUGCCCUGGGGCUUUAGCGAUAGGAUCUCUGCUUGGCAGAUGAAUGGUGCUGAUUUGAGCAGGAAGCAGCCCAUUUCCCAGCACGAGCGGCUGUCACGUCAGUGAACUUCAACAAAUCUCAGAGAUGGCACUGGAGACUAACUUGGCAAGCUUCCACAUCUCACUCACAUUCUCAGCUUGGAAACAAAAAUCUGGGAAACAAAAUAUCCAGCAAAGAUUUUGCAACUAAUAAGAACUCUAAGAAAAGUGCCUAAUGAGAGAAAGCUUUUGGUUGCAUUGAGGCCACUUCUCUCUCAAAUCCUGUGCAUUCUCCCUAUCAUCAUACUCUUCCCACUCAUGUAAUCUUUCACAGACCUGAACCCUUCACUCUCUCAUCUACUCAACCCAUUCAUUUAAUCCCCUUUCAGGGUGGUUGUCCAGUGGUUAACUUACAAGGCUAGGAACCAGAAGCCUGGUCUAAUAAUUCAGAGGCUGGCGUUCAUAUCUCACUUUAUGACCUUUGCAAUUUAAAUUCAGUUGAUAAUUAAAAACAACAGGUCUUAGCAACGAUGACUGAAGAAACUACUGCUUAUGAGAAAAUCCUAUCUAGUUCACUAAUGUCCUUUGAGGGAAGAAAUGUCCUGUCCUUACCCGUCAGCCAUAUGUGACGGCAGACCCACACCAUGUGGUUGACUCUUAAAUACCUUUUGAGAUGGUCUAAUGAGACCAUAAGACAAAGGAGCAGAAGUCGGCCAUUCAGCCCAUCAAGUCUGCUCUGCCAUUCUAUAAUGAGCUGAUCCGUUCUCCCAUUUAACCCCACUCACCCACCUUCACACCAUAACCUUUGAUGCUCUGGCUACUCAGAUACCUAUCAAUCUCUGCCUUAAAUACACCCAAUGACUUUGCCUCCACAGCUGCCUGUGGCAACAAAUUCCACAGAUUCACCACUCUCUGGCUAAAGAAAUUUCUCCGCAUCUCUGUUCUGAAUGGGCGCCCUUCAGUCUUGAAGUCAUGCCCUCUUGUACUAGACUCCCCUACCAUGGGAAACAACUUCACCACAUCUACUCUGCCCAGGCCUUUUAACAUUCAAAAUGUUUCUAUGAGGUCCCCUCUAAUUCUUCUGAACUCCAAGUAUAGCCCAAGAGCCGUCAAAAGUUCCUCAUAUGUUUAAGGAUAUAUAAGAAUGGGGAGUACACCCAGAUCCCAAAUAAUGAAUUUAAAAAACCACACCCGACCCUUUUCCCCACCCUCUCAGUCACCUCCUGGAGAAAUGUGAUUAUGGAAUAUGAUAUCUUUGGGCAAAGUUCUGUAUAAAUAUUCCCCAAUGUUAAAGUGAAGCAAGGCUUUCAGAUUUCCAGUCAAGCCCUCGUCUCCUCAGCCCUCACCUGCUGUAUUCAUCUUCAGUUAAAUUCUGAAACAAGUCUGUGGAUUUAAUCCAUAGAGUGACGCUGUGUGUUAAUAACUCUCUUGUUUAUUUGAUCAGAGAGGCACAUAACUGAACUACAUGGAUUAAUAGAUCAUUGGUAUACAGAACCCAUUUCGGGCAGCUGAGGCAGUUGCUGUAAUUGGCCACUGGUCCCUUAGGUGAAGACAAGACAGCUGUAAGUGCUGGAAUCCUGAUCAUACAAUGAAAUAGUACAGAAAGAGGCUAUUCUGCCCACCAUGCUUGUGGCAGCUCUUUAUUAGAGCUCUCCAGUUAACCCCACUUGUUGCUGCUUCCCCGCUGUUAUUUUCCCUUUAAAUGUUGAUCUAAUUCUACUCAGUUGGGCCUAAAUAUUAAUGUAGGAGGUAGUUGACACGAAAGUUGGUGGUGGUGUGGAUAGCAAGGAAGGUUAUGUAAGGCUACAGCAGAAUAUAGAUCAGUUAGGCGGAGUGUUUGCAGAUGGAAUUUAAUCCUGACAAGUGUGAGGUGAUGCAUUUUGUGAAGUCAACUAGGAGUAGUACACAUACAGGAGAUGGUAGGGCAGUAAGGAAUGCUGAUGAAUAGAGGGACCUUGGGAUUCGUAAUUCCCUGAAAGUGGCCCGUUUCUGUGCUGUAGAAUUCUGACAUUAAAGAAGUGGAGAGCAACAUAUUUGUCAAGAGUCAGGCACGUUUAGACUUCACACCUUCACCUCGGAGACGUGGUGCCAGAACCCUCUGGAACAAAGCCAUCCCCUAACCUGUUCAUGUGACCUCACUGACCACUCUCGCUGUGUUUGUCCACUCUGGUCUGGUCGCAGUUGUGGGCAGGAAGUGGAACGGCUACUCUGGCCUGGUCUGGUUCCAGCUUCCCAUGUUGAUCAGGAGGUGGACGACAUACAUCACAGCAAUGGGCCAGUGAAGUGAAGCUCCUAUGUUGCCCAGUCUCACGUGUCCACCACGCACUCUUGGUUCUCAGAUUGGCUUGCGAGAUUGAGACUGACCACAAGUAUCUGGGCUGGAUUUGAACCCAGUUCUCUGGUGUUGAGGGCUGAGAUUUGUUUGCUGCACACACCCGACCCUCUUGUAUUUGAUUAAUCAGCCCACUGGUAUUAACCCACAGUGACUCUGUUCCAAGUGUGUUUUAACAUUUCCGAUUUAAGAAUGUGACUGAAGUGUACAUUUGAUGGCUGCCUGAUGAAUGGUGUCACAGAAAUGUCAUUCAGCCUGCUGAGCACCUCCUGACUCCUUGGAAGAGAAUCCAGCCAGUCACAUUCCUGGCCCUCUUUUCCUUUUGGAUCAUAAUCCAGUUCCCUUUUGAACACUACAACUGAAUUUCCCUGCACUGUUCCCCUGAACCCUCACCAUUUAUAUUAAGAACAAGUUUUUCUUCAUGUCACUUUUUUGGUUCUUUUGUCAACCACCCUCCAUUCUAUAUCCUGUGGUUCUUGACCCUUCCAUCACCAUGAACCAUUUCUGUCGAUCUGUUCUGCCUGUAGCCUUCAUGAAUAUUGUUCCUUUAUCAGACCCCACCCAAUCUCCUCUGUCCCAAGCAAAUCAACCCCAACUCCUCCAGUCUAUCCAUUAUAACUCCAGUCCCUCAUUCCGAUAAUAGUUUCCCUACAUCCCAUCAGUACCUUCUCUAAAGCUUUCACAACUUUCCCAAAGUGUGGAGGCAGAGGGCAGAGAAGUAGUGGGACGAUGGAGAGCUGCGGGUGAGGAGACCUCUGCUUCCUGGAGGGCUCUGGGGAACUCAGCAAUGUGCUGAAUCCCAGCCAACCUCUGUCAGGGUCUCAGCCGAGUCACUACAGUGGCCCUGGCAUCACAAGUUAGGUUUGGAUGGUCUUUCAGUUCCUGAUUGACAUCUAGUGGUCCCCUGCAGUGUGUGUGUGUGUGUGUGUGUGUGUGUGUGUGUGUGUGUGUAUGUACAUGUUCUUCAGAUAACAUGUCAAACUAAGUCUCACAGCCUCUACUUGCCUCUACUUGUUAAAAGAAAAAAGAACCAUUUUUAUUCCUUAACCAUUUCAGUUUGUUAGUCAAUCAUCUCAGUGAGUAUUGAGGGAGAGUGUGUGUGUGUGUGUGUGUGUGUGUGUGUGUGUGUGUGUGUGUGUGUGUGUGUGUGUGUACAUGCUCACAACCUGUCUGCUAUGUAGACUCACAUCGGUUGCUGCUUUUAGAAGUAAUGUACGUCAAAUGCUUUGGGAAGCUCUUAGUGCUGUCCGAGUACUUCCUGUAAACAAACAAAAGUAUUGCACUUGUGUCGGAACAGCUGGUCUCCUUGAGCAGAGGAAACAGUUUGGGCCGUCUAAAGGCUUUGUCUUAAAAGCUAUAAUUUUAUGUUGUAACGUGUGUACUGAACACUGUGCUGCCAGCUCAAACAAUGACAUUGCAUUAUAA